GGGGAGGCGGCCGCCCGCCCGCCCUACCUGGCGCCCUCUGCCCGGGGAGGAGAGCGCCGCGCCGCCCCGGCACCCACGGCACCCACACCGGCACCGGCCGCCGAGCAGGACACAGAGGUUGGCUAUACUUUUCAUAACUGCGUGAAGCUAGAAAUCUUAACGGAUGCCUGUGCCGCUGCCGCCGCCACCACCACCUCCUCCUCCACCACCUCCACCACCUUCUGGAGGGCCCCCUCCACCACCACCACCUCUGGCAAGUUCAGAGAUACCAAAAUUGCAAAAGGACGAGCAGAAAGCACGGAACGCGCUCUUGGCUGAUAUCCAGCAGGGAACUCGCUUGAGGAAGGUGACUCAAAUCAAUGACCGAAGUGCACCACAGAUUGAAAAACCCAAAGGAGCUAAUAGAGAUGGAGUUCCUGCAGCCAUUAAUAAAGGUGGCUCUCAGCAGCCUCUGGGAGGCUCUCAGCAGCCUCUGGGAGGUUUAUUUGCUGGUGGCUUUCCUGUUCUCAGACCAGCAGGCCAGAGGGACAUGUCAGCUGGGAGGCCUGGGCAGCUUCCUGGAGCCCGAGCAGCGGCACCCAGGACCCCCGCCCCGCCGGGAUCCCCUGCUGUGAAGGGGGUCCCCUUGCACCCAGCCGAAGCUCCGAGGGCAGCCGCCGUCCCCCCGGAUCCUCCCGGCCCCCCCCGAGCCGCAGCCGGCCCCGGCCGGCCCAGCCUUCCCGCUCCCCCUCCACCGCCUCCCGCUUCCAGCAAACCUUCCCUCACCUUCCCCCCUCCUCCCCCUCUGCCCCCUCCAACCCCAAACAGGCUCUCCUUCCCACCCUCCCCAGCCUUUAGCACUGCUGAGCUGCCCCCUCCGCUGCCCCCCAAGUCCCCCCACCUGCUGUCCCAGUUCCAUAAGCCAAGCAGUAUCCAGUCCAUGCCGCUUCCUCCCACCCCCGGCCUCCCCCAGCCCACCACCGUGGUGGAGACCAGGAAGAAGAGACCCGGCCGAGGCGCAGGAGUUGGUGCUGGGAAGCUCGUCACACCUCCACAGCCACCAGCAAGGUCACCAACAACCGAACUUACGAGCAAGUCUGGAGUCUCAGCCUGGGCUGCAGCUCACGACCCCUACCCACCGCUUAAAAACGGAAAUAUGCACAUCAUUGAUGACUUCGAAUCGAAAUUCACUUUCCAUUCUGUGGAAGAUUUCCCCCCACCUGAUGAAUUCAAGCCAUUUCAGAAAAUAUACCCCAGCAAGAUAGCUAGGGAUCCAUCUAAAAAUCCUCCAUUAAGAACACAUGUGAGAUGAGAAGAGUCUUCUGAUCCUCUCUGGAUUAGUAUUAAAAAAGAACAACAUGAAGAUAACGUAUAAAACAGAAGGGGUCCCCAUGACAGUGAGAGAGAUU